UCUGCCCCCGGUCUAUCCGUACCCUCCAUUACAAGUUUCCCCUAUCUUUGUUCCAUCAACCUUCUCGAACAAUGCAGUGCCGGCCAAGUAGAUUUACGGAUGUGUCCAGGUCUUGUGUUCCUCUGCCUCGUGCUCAAUAAACCCCCUCCUCUUUGUCAGUCCGAGUGCCCUCCUUCUUGUAUGCCCCAAGACUUGUCCACUCCUUGUCUCCAAGGAUCUACGGCGUGGACGGUCGCUCUGUCCGUGGUGGGGAUCUCGAUAUUCCUCUGUGAUGCUGCAGAGUUGUUGAGAGCACAGAUGCUGAUUCCUGAUAGAGGUCUUCUUGGCCAGUGA